AUUCACUAUAUCUGGUCUCCCACAGUACACAGAACAUGAAAAUGCAAUUAUUUUAGUAAAUAUAAACUGCGAAAUACCUUUUCUCAUCAGCAUCCAGCCAAGCAAAUGUUAAAGCUUGUAGGAGGAGUUUUCAUUCUACUAUAGGAGGAUGCAGAACCCCUGACCUCUGUCUGGACAAUGCUGAGCUGAUUGACCCUGUGCUGAUCACAUGCAUUCUCCCAAGAAAAAAAAAAAAAAACAUCUCUAGCAAUACACAACAAACUGAGCAUGUGCAGAGUGUCUCCACAGGAUAGGUCUUAUCAGGAGAUAAGAGGGGGACAAUGGAAGAAGGGGAGGAUCAGAGAAGACCAGAUCAAACGGCGUUUUUACUCAAUGCAGAGGAUUAACCCCUUAGGUUCCACAAUGAGUAUAACAAGCAUGCUUUACUGCAUCUACAGACUGAUUUUACUGUUGUGGGUUUAG